AUGUCGAUCGAUCGACGAUUGCUUUGCGUCGUCGCUCUGUUGAGCGCGACGAGUCUCCUCGAGGUCCGGGGGCACGGCAGGCUCAUUGACCCGGUGGCCAGAUCCAGCGCCUGGAGGUACGGCUUCAAGGCGCCCCACAACUACAACGACAACGAGCUCUUCUGCGGCGGCGUGGGAAUUCAGUACGGAGUGAACAAUGGUCUGUGCGGCGUCUGCGGCGACGACUACAGCCUCCCGAGGCCGAGGCCCAACGAGCUCGGCGGAUAUUACGGGAAAGGAUUCAUCGUCAAGACGUACAGACAAGGUGACAUCAUCAAGGCCGUCGUCCAGAUCACGGCGUCGCACUUGGGCCACUUUGAAUUUCACAUCUGCCCUCUGGACUACUUCGACGAGGAGAGCGAGGCGUGCUUCAGGCCGCUCCGACUGGCCAACGGCAAGCGAAAGUUCAUGGGGCCGAUCGAGCAGAAGGGCGAUUACGAGCUCGAGCUCGAGCUGCCCUGGUACUUGACCUGCAAGCACUGCGUCCUCAGGUGGACCUACGUGGCCGGCAACAAUUGGGAGACCCACGUCCAAGAGACCUACCGGGGUUGCGCCGACGUCGCUAUUUUACGCGACGACGAGGAUGAUAUAUAA